AUGACUCCUGCUUUACUCGACCCCGAAGUGGAUCGCCUUUGUCUUAGUUUCGAUACUACCGAAAGCACAAUUCCAUUGAGCGAGUAUAUCUUCGUAAGGCUAGCUCAAUUAGGACUCAAAUCUGUGUUCGGAGUUCCAGGAGAUUUUAACCUGAACUUUCUGGAACACAUAUAUAACGUCAAACAGUUGAACUGGGUGGGUUGUUGCAACGAACUGAAUGCUGCGUAUGCUGCUGAUGGGUAUUCACGUACAUCUGGAGUUCUAGGAGCUUUAGUAACUACUUAUGGUGUUGGUGAACUAUCUGCUAUUAACGGAAUUGGAGGUUCAUAUGCUGAGUACGUGCCAGUUCUUCACAUUGUUGGUACAUCUGCUUUGAAAGUGAAGAAAAGAACCGAUGUCUGGAACAUUCACCAUUUGAUGGGAGCAUCCAAUCAGCUCGAGAAACCAGACCAUUAUGUUUACGAGAAAAUGGCCAAAUCGGUUAGUGUGGUUCAGGAAACUCUGGAGGAUCUCGCAACGGCUUGUCAGCAGGUGGACAAUGCCAUAGUGCAGACUUACACGCAAUCACGGCCUGGAUAUCUGUUUCUUCCUUUGGAUCUCGCAGAUUCUUUGGUUUCGACAGAGAGAUUGUUCCAGCCAUUGGAUCUGGACACCAAGACUACUGAUGAUGCCAAGGUUGCCCAGUGUGCCAGUGAGAUUCUGAAGAAACUGUACCAAUCCGGAAAUACCUCGAUUUUGUGCGAUUAUCAUAUCAAGUCUUUUCGAAUGGAUCAAGAGGUCAAGAAUCUGGUUAAAGAGAUUGGCGAUAAAGUCAAUUGGUACAGCGCAUAUCUUGGAAAGGGCAUUUUAAACGAGUCAAUGCCCAGAUUUGUGGGAACUUACGCUGGUAAGAUUUCAAGCAAUCCGCUUAUCAACUCUCAAAUUGAGUCUUCUGAUUUGGUCCUGCAUAUUGGUAGCUUCCACAAUGAACUCAACGACGGUCUUGGUUCAAACAAAAUCAACCAAACCGAUCUGGUAGAGCUGAACUCGGAUUACGUUCUCAUCAACGGAAAGAUUGAUCCUAGUCUGAAAUUAAUGACUAUUCUGCCCGAGAUUUUGAGACAACUGGACGCUAGUCGAGUACCAGUUUCACCCAAUGUUAUCAUUCCACCAAUUCAAGACAAACUCCCAAAAUGGACCAAAAAUCUGCCACUAUCGCAAAAGCACCUUGAGCUCUUUCUGGGAGACUUUUUAUGCCCUGACGACGUUCUCAUUGUGGAAACAUGCGCUUUUGCCUUUGCAGUGGCUGAUAUCAAGAUGAACGGGAAUAAGUUCGUCGGCCAGUCAUUUUGGAAUUCCAUUGGCUAUGCUCUUCCUGCUACUCUUGGAACUUCCUUGGCUCUUCGUGAUUUUGAUCUUCCCGGCAAGGUGGUGGUAGUGCAAGGAGAUGGAGCCGCACAGAUGACUGUUCAAGAGUAUGCUUCCUACAUCAGGUACAAAAUAACACCCACGGUAUUACUCCUGAAUAACAACGGUUACACCAUCGAGCGUGUGAUCAAAGGAGAGGAUAGCUCUUAUAACGAUAUUGCUCCCAACUGGGACUGGUGUCGUUUAUUUGAGGUGUUCGGAGACAUUGACCAUUUUUGCCAUGUCGGGAAGGUCCACAAUGUUCAAGAAUUGGUCAAAAAGGCAUCCAGAGAUAGAACUGAGUGCCAGUUUCUCGAACUCUUCAUGGAUAGACUAGAUGCCCCAUAUAGACUGUUGAAGCAUUUUACAUCCAGGCUACUGGAGGAGGAAUAA